CUAAUGGUCGGAAAAAAAAGAUCAUCUACUGAUUCAAGCUACCAACCUCAAAGUCGACGACGUAUAGACUCACCUAUUACUGAACAACGUGUAAAUCAGGCCAAUAAUAAUAAUAAUAAUCAACUUCAACAACAACAACAAAUUCAACCUGUGAUUCCACCAGAUGUUUUGGCACAGAUCAUGGAAAAACGGCGUCAACGGUCGUACUCAAACAAGCCGGAAAAUUACAGCUUAGUACCACAAAUCGACAAUGUUACGCGAUGCACUUCAACAAAUUUGCUCUUGUUAGAUUGGAAGAAAGACCAUGUUUUUGAUGAACUCAUUGGAUUUGUUGUUUUCUGUAAACGUGCACCUACCCCGCGUAAUUUAUGGGACCGUUGUGAUGUGAUAAUUCAGCUCGGCAGAGAGGGUGAAACUGAACGCUUGAAUGUAUUUUCGUGGAAAAAAAAUGCGGAAAGAUUGGAAGAAGCUACAUUGAAUAGCCUUGUCUCGAUUAAAAACUUAAUGGUUGUUCCCGAGUCGCCCAACAGAUCAGAAUGGUCUGGAACUAUUGAAUAUAAACUUAAAUUUGUAAAUGGAUCAACUUUGCAAAUAUUACAACAACAACAAAAUAACCAAAUUCAACCUUUUUUAAAUAAUCAACAACGCGGAAUUGGUACUGUCCCUACCCCAUCAAGUUUACAACAACAACAACCUUGUACUUCGGCUUAA